AUGGAGUCGGGGCAGGCGGCCGACCUCGCCAUCUUUGUCUGCUGCUGCGCCCUGCUACUGGGCUACAACAUUUUCUACUUCUCCGUCGCCUCAUUCACCUUUUUUAAGAGGCGGUACAUCAUCCUGUACGCCGUCAACCGCCAGUCGCGGGCCUCCUGGGUGCAGCACCUGUCCAAGGAUUCAAAGGAGGGCAUCAAUGCGGUGCAGACAAUCAGGAACCAGGUGCUAGCAGUGUCCAUCCUGGCGGCAACCACCGCCCCGCUGGCGGCUCAGUUGAUCAAUGUGAUCACAGACACUGCCAAGCUGCAGCAGGUGGCAGACUUCUCCAAAAGCGACCCCAUCUCAAGCGUUGCGCUGUUCUCCCCGCAAAUCAAACUUGGCAUCGCUCUGGGAAUCCUUCUGUUGGCUGUCAUGGCCUACGCUCAAUCCGUGCGGCUGUCGGUCCACAUAGGCGAGCGCGUAUGCCGGCUGCGCCGCCUGCCGCUCGGCUACACGAUACGCGUGGUUGCCAGCGAUCCAACGGGCUACACCGGCCUGAGCCACCUGUCGGUCACGCUGAUGCGCCGCUCCAGCCUGUACUUUGCCAUAGGCCUGCGCCUGUUCUUCGUCUUCGGCCCCCUCGUGCUGUGGAUCAUCGGCCCUACCACGCUGCUGGUGGCCACGCUGCUGGAUGUGGCGGCGCAGUUCUUGUUUGACGUCGUGCCCGCCGCCGCCUGCGAGCCGGAGCCUGGGGAGGACGACAAGGCAGAGGCGGCGGCAGACGCGUCGGCGGCGGCCAAGGCAGACGCGGCAGCGGUCGCGGAGCACCAGUGA